AUGAGAAGACUACUAUGCAGCGUACUGAUAACGCUAUCCCUGGCAGGACAAGAUGGCGGUGUGCCGAAUGGCGUUCAGCAGGACAGAGCACAGCAGGACAGAGUACAGCAGGACAGUCUACAUUACAUUGAUACCCUUAUUGGUCGAAAAGUGUGGGACUGGAUCAGCGAGAUAGGGUUUAGCGAUGGCGGUGACACUUCUUCAGGGCUGAAGCUGGCUCCUUGGUCGCCGCUCACUGUUGAGGAGUUUCCGACGACAAUCCGAAACGAAGUGGACAGCGAUUACUUGUCUGAAGUGAACGAGAAAGUGGAAUCGAUAAUAGAUUCCAUCAAAUCGGAACCAUUGCCGGUGGCACCAUUGCCGGCGGCACCGUGGCCGACGGCACCGUGGUUGGCAAUCGAACAAUUGCUGCGUGACGUGGUGGCUCCGCCGUUUCCGCCGGCGUCUGCCAGGAGGUUGAAGGUAUACGCCAAACUCCUUAUGACACGGAUGCUGGAAGACGCCGGAUCGAUCCUUGCGCCAGGCAAAAUGGAGGUUGCGGCAAAGCGGGUCGGUGUGUCUGUCGCGACGGCGGUUGGACAGAUACAUGCUCCAGUCGAUCUGUUUGCAUGGGCUAAUGAAACGCAAGUCCAGACGGUCGCCAGUCCAGACGAUGAGGAUAUCAAUAAUCUCUGGAACAAACAGCUUCAGCCGUUCCUGAACGGCUUGUAUGAGUUAGAUGAAAGCGACCGGAUCACUGCCGUUAUUGACUACCUUCUCCAACCGCAGAAGCUGCCUAUAGAGGACCUGCUGAUCAAGGACUACAAACGCAUGGUGAGUGUCAGAGCCGCCGAACAAGCUGAGUCAGGAGAGUCGAGUUCAGGCGAGACUCUUACCCGAAACACUGUGACCCUGAAGGCGGCUGCCAGCUCUGACGACCGGGCCCGGGAAAGGCCAACCUCUGGCACGCCUGCUACUGGGUUGGUGGCGUCCCAGACGCGGCUUCAGGCCCUAAUGCCUGUAACGAGCCCCGUUGGUACUCAGGGCGUAGAACUUGAUACGGGCGAAAGCCGCGUACUAGCUAAAGAAGAUGUGAGUGAAUCGGAGAGGGGUGGUUCAUGGAGGCCCCGUGCACUGGAACUUAGGGCGGCGAAGACGGGCCCGGCAGCGGGGGGUGAACACGUGGAGUCUUUGAGCUUGUCGUCGACCGAGUCCUGGUCGACGAGUGCCCCUUUGUCGACUAAGGUUUCGUCGUCUGCCAUUUCGUCCAUCACCCUAGCUCACAUGGAUACAGGUGCAAUGCAGGUCGACGGCAUUAUCAAGCCGAUCGGUGCUUUCGACCCUGCAACCAUCAAAGUGGCCACCGGCGAGCAAGUAGACACCGGCGGGCGCCUCAGCGUGAUGCUUCGGGAUGUAUUUCAGUCUAGUGCGGUGGCGAAGGCGGCGGCGGGUGUGGAGGCGGAGGUCGGAAGCCGCCGGGUGCGGUACAAUUGGGACACGACGCGGUUGGUGCGCGCGACGUUGAGUACGAAAGCGACUGGCAACCGGAGGCCGGCGUCAGGCUCGUUCAAUGCGCAAUUAUCGGUGGCGGGCUUGGGGGUACCCGUAGGGUUCAUGGGCGAGAUGGCGAGCCACCCGCUCUUCGAGCAACUGAUCCAGAGCACCAACAUGUAUGGGACCUGGCCCGACGGCGUGGGCCGGCCCUUUUGUUUGGGUCACACAGAUCUGGAGUGGGAGGACGCCGGGAACCACCAAGAGCUUCAACUGGCCCUCGCCGAGGGACCGCUAGACCCGUUCACCCCUAUCGCGCUCUGGUCCGCAAUUCGCUCCAUCGCUGCUUCCACCCAAAUCCACCAACUACUCUUCGCACCCGGCGAGUCUCAGCCCGUCUUCACAGACUACAAAGACGAACGCACAGACCAAUACACAAACGCCGUCCGCCAAGCAACUGCCGAUGACCAGGAGUAUGAGGGUGACCAGGAAAAUGGCGAGGACCAGAAUGGUACCGGAAUGCCCGCAGACGAUGCGUACUACACUGGGCGCAGGUGCCGGGACACAUCUCUGGUUAUCUCUCGCCAGGAGCUAGAAGACGCGGUAAAACAAGUUGGUUCACGCCUGUCGCAUAUUACGCUGGUCACUGUGUACUGCAAACAGCCGGAAAAAUGGGAACAAAUGGUCAAGGGAAUAGGGAUACCGCUUCAGGUCAUCAGCGAUUACAAUGGCGUGGAUAUUUGGUACUCUGCCGACGGGAAUCGUGAAUGA